AAAUUUUUCCCAAACCAACCACAAAAUGCAAAAAGAUUCCUUGUUAGAUAUUUUUUCUCCUUUUUUUCAUUCAGAUCAAUUUCUCCGUCUUUUUCUUCCAUCCUCCUUUGCCAUUGAAGCAGACAACCGGACCGUAGCGACCGGUUAGCUGAAAUCUCGCAGAAGCCAGAUGGUGUUUGGUGUUUAGGUAUUACUGACCUAAAAAAGAAAUCUCCAACAGAAUCUCCGGUUUUCUAGCCGGAAAUCACUUAUAUUAGGAAACAAUUUCGAUUCCCCAGUUCUCUCCGUUGGAUGGACGAAGAAACUGAAACACUACUUCCGACGAUGUUAGAAUCUCAAAACUCAGGCGUAGCCUUUACCUCUACAGACAAACCACUUUACCUUGGACUGAAAAGAUGGCAAUGGUGGUUCUUAGUGGCGCUCAACAUCGCAUUUUUGCUAGUUGGACAAACUGUAGCCACUCUCUUGGGGAGGUUUUAUUAUGAUCAAGGUGGAAAUAGUAAGUGGAUGGCGACUCUUGUUCAAACCAUUGCCUUCCCUGUCCUUUUUAUCCCAUUGUUCUUCAUACCAUCCUCCACAAAGUCUUAUGAUCCAACAAUUAAUAAACCCUCAAUAUUCGUAAUCGCAUCUAUCUAUAUUGGUCUUGGUCUGGUAAUAGCAUUCAACAACAUGCUUUAUUCAGUUGGGCUCUUGUACCUCCCCGUGUCAACCUAUUCAUUGCUAUGUGCAACCCAACUGGCUUUCAAUGCAGUGUUUUCAUACUUUAUCAAUCGCCAAAAAUUUACUAUGUUAGUUCUCAACAGUGUAGUAAACCUCACCAUAUCUGCUUCUAUGUUAGCAGUUGGUUCUGAAUCCUCUGAAUCCACUCAAGUAUCUAAAGGACAGUAUAUUCUCGGUUUCAUAUCUACUCUAGGGGCAUCAGCGCUGUACGCUCUACUGCUCUCCCUCAUGCAGCUUUCCUUUGAUAAGGUUUUUAGACGGGUGACAUUUUCAGUGGUCUUGGAUAUGCAAAUUUACACAUCAAUUGUUGCCACAUGUGCUUGCAUUGUCGGCCUUUUCGCCAGUGGGGAAUGGAACGGGUUGAGUGCAGAGAUGAAUGGUUUCAAGAAAGGAAAUUUUUCAUAUGUGAUGGUUCUAGUUUGGACUGCUGUUUUUUGGCAGUUAUGUUCUGUUGGCGUUGUUGGGUUGAUAUUUGUGGUAUCUUCGCUCUUUUCCAAUGCUAUUAGUACCUUGGCGUUGCCGCUUAUUCCAAUUGUUGCUGUCAUUACAUUCCAUGAUAAGAUGGAUGGGAUAAAGGUGAUCGCAAUGUUAACGGCUACUUGGGGAUUUGUUAAUCACAUUUAUCAGAACUAUCUCGAUGAUAUCAAGCUACAGGCCAAAGGAACUGCUUCCACUGAAGCUCCUCAUACCUCUCCCACAUCUUGAAAGAAGGAAAAGAAAGAAAGGUACAUAAGCUAGUGGUAAAAAUAACUAGAAGCUAUAAAUUUGGAUGAUUCCGUAUCUAGUUCAGCUAGCUGUGAGUAAUGUUUAGUUUUCUAUCUCCUCAGUAUAGUCUAUUUUUAGUAUAUGUUGAAGAAUUUAUGGUCUAUUUUUCUUGUGGUACAGUAUUUUGAAUGUGUAGUGCUUGCGAAAUUCAUCAACUGAAUUUUUAAAUGUAAUUCACUUCGAAUUAAAAAAAAUUAAUAGAAAAACAGAUUUUUCAUUUCACAAUUUUCGCUCAAUUCAUGAGAAAUUCCAGUUGCACUGUGAGAACCUCUCACACGGAUCUAGCCAUUAGAGUUGAUGAGUCGAACAACUUCAUUAAGAAGCCAGAGAAAGCAAUAGACGACUCUGAUAGUGAGAGGCAGCAACAUGAUUUUCUCUUCAAAAUGCCUCAUCACAUGAUGCUCUCUCCUCCUAUCCCUCACAUCCUUCCACCUCCACCACCAGCCAGAAACUUCUAUUGUGAUACUGCAGAAGGGGUACCAAUCCUAAGGAAAAAGAUGAUGCCAGACAUUUGAAGAAAUUAAAGGAGGGAGUUCAGCUGGACCAGUCCAUAAGUAAACAAAAGGAGAUACAAUGCGGCUUGAACAGGUUUGUAAACACUGCUUCCCCUGAUCAACAACAGCAUUACAGUCAGUGUCUCAGUGACUGCUUUGCAGCUGCCAGUUGCUUUUGCUACAUGUAGUGUUUUACAAAGUUCUAUAGACUUCCGUUUAGGUUUUAGAGAUUCUUUAUCGUUUUUGUAGUAGUAUAACACAGGGUAUCAAAUUAAUGCAACAAUGCAGUGAUUAAUUA